AUGCUUGCAUGCAAAGAUAGCCACAGCACGGUGGCCGUUCCAAGCGGGGAGUUCUUACUGAAUCCGGUGAGGUUAAGCGGCCCAUGCGCCGGCCCGAUAACGUUUUCUGUCACGGGCGUUUUGAAGGCUCCGGAAAAGACUUUCCUCGACAUCCCGGAGUGGAUACUGUUGGAGGAUCUGCAAGGCAUAACCGUCACCGGGAACGGCGUUUUAGAUGGUCAGGGUGCCUACGCCUGGAGUGUGAACCCAUGCAAAGUUGAUCCCAACUGCAAACCUUUGCCAACGAAUUUGAAAUUCGGUAAUAUCGUGCAUGGACGCAUUGAAGGGAUAACUUCACGGGAUAGUAAAUUUUUUCACAUUUUAAUCGACGGCUGUAAACACGUGGAGAUUGAAAAUAUAAGAAUAACGGCGCCGGCGGAUAGCAAAAAUACCGACGGAAUACACAUCGGCCAGUCACAAUAUGUGCAAGUCCAAAAUGUGGAUAUUGGAACAGGGGACGAUUGCAUUUCGUUUGGGCCAGGAUCCACAAACGUUGUGAUCAGUCAGGUGAAUUGUGGUCCUGGCCAUGGCUUUAGCAUUGGAAGCCUAGGAAAAAGUGAAAAUGAACCAGAUGUGAAUGGAAUUAUUGUGACGAAUUGCAAUAUCACAAACACCACAAAUGGGCUUAGGAUCAAAACGUGGGCACCUUCUACUCCCAACAAGGUUUACAACAUUACCUAUCAAGACAUCAUUUUGAAUGGUGUUCAAAACCCGAUUGUCAUUGAUCAACACUACUGUCCCAACAACGCAUGCCAAGAUCAGGUAUGGAGUAGUCUAAGCCGUGAGCGCGCUAGAGCUAUAUCGUUAUGA